UCAAUCAGUUGCAAUGGCUUCAAGACUAACUGCACAACUAUUUUCCAAAACUCUUCGUCAAAAUGUCUCACAAAAAAGAUUGUUUCGUUCUAGACCCGAAGCGGAGAUCACUAGAAAGUUGAAAGUAUAUCAAAUGGAUAAUGAAUUGCCCGUAUAUUUGAAGGGCGGUUUUGGAGAUAGAGCCCUAUUUGUUGUAACGUGCGGUUUAGUAGUUGUAGGAGUGUGCCUCAGUUAUGGAACCUUGGUUAUGAUGGCUAUGCCCAAAAAGAAAUCAUAAAUGUAACUGAUCAAAAUACACAUGUAUGAUGUAGGAUGAAUUAUAUAAUAUACUACA